AACGUGCCAUCUGUGUAACUUCCAACGAAACUUAGGUUACCUAACCUAAUUUUGUGAAAUCGAGUAGCGGUACGGUGAAUUUGUUCUAUUUCGUCUUUUCUUAAGUCCGGUACUGCAUGAUAAGCAUAUUAUAAAUAAAAAAAGGCAACAUAUUUUCCUUUAUCUCGUAAUUUACAUGAAAUUUAUGAAAAAUUUACAUUUUUAUCGUUUAAAUUAAGUGCGAAUUAUAUAAUCUAUCUGAUUAAUCGAUCUCUAUUAAUCGUAAAUGUGAAAAGUAUUCGUUAAGAAAAUUGAAAUCUGUAACACUUGUUUAUAAACUAUUAUUUAUCUCUUUAUAAAUAAAAGGAUAAAGAUUAAACGAUAACGAUGCUUCGAUUGUUUGGAACGCAAGUACGAAAAGCGACUUGCAUCAUCUCGUCUUCUUUAAGGAAAACAAAUAAUCUAGCAUUAGUAGAAACAACUAGAAAAUUUAGUAUUAGUUCGAGAUGCCUAGGGGCUUGGCCAGAAAUUCAAAAACCUGCACCAGAUUUUGCUGGAACGGCAGUAAUCAAUGGUGACUUCAAAGACAUCAAAUUAAGCGACUACAAAGGGAAAUAUGUAGUUCUUUUUUUCUAUCCAUUGGACUUUACAUUCGUGUGUCCAACUGAGCUAAUAGCAUUUUCAGAAAAAAUCGCAGAAUUCAAAGCUGUAAAUACCCAAGUAAUAGGCGUUUCCACAGAUUCUCAUUUUAGUCAUCUUGCAUGGACUAACACGCCUAAAAAGCAAGGUGGUUUGGGUGGAGAUUUAGGAUAUCCGUUGUUGAGCGAUUUUAACAAAGAAAUCUCAGCGAAAUACAAUGUCCUCUUGGAAAAUCCUGGAAUAGCUUUGAGAGGACUAUUCAUUAUAGAUAAGGAUGGAAUACUUAGGCAAUUUAGCGUUAACGAUUUGCCAGUCGGUCGUAGCGUGGAUGAAACAUUAAGACUGAUAAAAGCUUUCCAAUUUGUCGAGGCACAUGGAGAAGUUUGCCCUGCCAAUUGGCAACCAGAUUCUAAAACUAUCAAACCGAAUCCGAAAGAUAGCAAAAAGUACUUUGAGUCGGUCAAUUGAAUUUCUGUCUGAUUUUCUUCACGCAUAUAUAUAUAUAUAUAUGUAUAUAUA